AUGCACAAGCUUUUGAUAUCAUUGGCAGUUCUGUCUGCAGUUUCUGCAGCAGGACACACCUGCAAAACUGGAAAUGUCGUGAACCGUUUGGUAAGCGGUAAACCGUAUUACUUCCCUGCCACGUGGAAUGAAACCAUGCCUGCACCAGAAUUGGCAAAGGAGCAAACAUGCAGUUGGACUGUUACUAUACCACAAGGGUAUUAUGCCAGACUAAUUAUUGAUGGAACGGUCAGGGAUAAGGAUUCGAGAUUCCAAAUUAUUGAUUCCGUGGGAAACUUUAUUCAAACAACUCAUGAAGAAAUGGACCCAUAUUUCUUCCCACCAACCAAGUUCACUCUCGCUGUAUCCAACGAAGGUGUCACUACAUUCGGGUUCCAAAUCCAGUGGAUCGCGCACAACAACACUGAAACCGAUUUCGCCUUUAUUGGGUCUCUCGACCACGAUCUCAACGUCACGAGCAGCGUUUUUUGUGAAGGACUUGGUGGGGAGGAAGGAAUCUCGUUGCUCGCGUUCCCACAAAAUCGCAAGCAUCCAUACUCGCUUCGUAGCGUGCUAGUUUAUGAGGCGCCCACAAGCCAACAAAUCGGAAAUUUCAUCAACAAUUUAUAUGAAAUGUACUUGACCAAAAAACAAUGGAUUUCCAACACUCCCAGCAUUGUGAUUUGUAAUCUCGAAGUCAGCAACAACACUGACUUCCUAAUUGUUCAAUCUUCCAUUCAUACCAAGAAUCUCAACUACGUCGAGUUGGUUACGGUACCCGGAACCACAUACAACGCCACGGUGAACAGUGAAAAGAAGCUGUCAGCAUUGAUUUCCGCUUCGUAUUACAAUCAAACCAUGACCGAUGUUCAGAUGGACGCUUCUUCUGUGAUCUCCCUCUAUUAUGGAACGCCAAGCGGAUUCACUUUCGAUAAGAAUUACACAGCCACUGAAAUGAAAUCGGCCCUUCCAAUGGAGUAUCCAGGAGGAGCUUAUACGGUUCAAUGGGUUUUGAACAGUGGAGAAGCUGUGUUCACUUUCCAGGCAUAA